AUGCCCAGGCUCCUCCAAGAACAAGAAGAUGACACCGAACUAGUGCCACAUGGGUACCACGAGGGCGAUCAUUCCAUCAGAACUAUCCACGGCCCGGAGACAGGCAAUUUCCGCAGUUCCUCGCCACCUCAGAUUCCAAACAAGUCAUUGUUGGAGAAUCCUGACGAGUCUGAAAGACAACUGAGGCCAGAAGAAGUCUCUGAUAUCGUGAAAGAUCUGAAGCGACACAAAGGCCUAACUCCCAAGCAUCUGGAGGCACCCGAGGGCUACGACGUGCCACACCUUCGUAUAUUGGGGGUCAUGGUCGACUCGCAACUGAAAUGGGGCCCGCACAAUGACUACAUCGCGAAGAAGGUCAAGACGCAACAGUAUAACUUUUGGCACAUCUCUCGAACGCAGACAGGUCCCAAGCUGCAACAAAUGAGACAGCUGUACAUGGCCAAGGUCCUGCCCAUCUUUUCAUACGCUUGUGGCGCCUGGUAUCUCGCUCGGGACGCCUGUGCCAAGUACAAAAUGAACAGCGCCUACAUUGAAGAGCUGGAAAAACUGCACAAAAGUUUUCUCCUCGAUGUUUCUGGUUGCAUGAAGGGAACACUCGCCGAAGUCCUUUUCAAGGAGCUUCACAUUCACCGCAUGUCCACCUUUCUGGAGAAGACUGCCAUCGUCCAGCGAGCACGGGAGCUUGACACUCCUCAACACAAGGAACUGUGUCGCAUCCGAGCACGCGCUUGGUUGAACAAACGGAGCAGUCCCGGGGACCGUCACCCGUACCAUCAACUUGAUACUAUCGAGCGCAAAAUGCUUGAUGAUGCACUCAAUCCACGGCCUGGCAAUGAGUUCCUUGACCUUCGGAAGUGCGUCAAACAGCUGGCCGACCAGCGAGCGGAGGAAGCAAGCCGCGCAGCUUGGGAGGACCACAAGCUCGCCUACAUCACAAACAGACCGGGACGCAUUCCGGCAGCAUACUCCGACCCUCAGGGUUGGGGAAGACACAACCUGGAGCGGUAUGCCGAUCUGCCCCGCUAUCUGGAGGAGGCCAGGGCCAGGGAGCUCGUGCUAAGAGUAGGCACCAAGCACGUGGAUGAGCUGCUGGCAAAUCACUCCGCCGAGGCAUCCGCAUUCGCCGUCCUACACUUUGGCAUCUGCAAGGACAAUCAGCCGCAGAAGGGGGGCCAGCAAGAGGAGGAGGAGAAGAAGAAGAAGAAGGGAGGCAGCACGAAAGCCGCCAGGAGGAAAGAGCAGCAGCAACGGCAGCGGCGGCGGCACGAGAAGCAAGGGGGAGGAGGCAAGUACGAGAAGCAAGGGGGAGAACGCAAAUGCAAGAAGAGCAAGGCCCAGAGGAGGGCGGACAAGACCCGGAAGAUAUGGAAAAUGAAGAGGCGGCGGGAGGCUGUCGAAGGAUAA